AUUGCUCGCUCGCCUUCUCUUCUUCGUUUCUCUGUCCUUUCGGUUCUGGCACUAAAUUCCUUCGUAAACGGCGGCCGCCACCGGCACCAGUGACGAUUGAUCCGGGGAAUCCAUCAAUGGCGGCGGCGCUUUCGGAGCUUGAUGAAGACACCGUGCGCAGCAUGGCGGUCGGAGCUGUGUUCAACGACUUCGGAGGGAAGAUAAACUCGGUUGAUUUCCAUCGUAAAGAUGAUUUGCUGGUGACGGCGAGCGACGAUGAUUCUGUUCGCCUGUACGACAUUGCAAGCGCCAAGUUACUGAAGACUACAUUUCAUAAGAAGCAUGGAGCUGACCGCAUUUGCUUUACUCACCAUCCUAGCUCUGUGAUUUGCUCUUCCAAAUACAAUUUGGAGACUUCUGGAGAAUCCUUAAGGUAUCUAUCGAUGUAUGAUAACCGAUGUCUUCGGUAUUUCAAAGGACACAAUGACAGGAUUGUCUCCCUAUGCAUGUCUCCCAUCAACGAUAGCUUCAUGUCUGGUUCUCUCGAUCAUAGCGCCCGAAUAUGGGAUCUGCGUGUUAACGCAUGCCAGGGAAUCUUACGGCUGAGAGGUCGACCAACAGUUGCGUAUGAUCAACAAGGUCUAGUCUUUGCUGUGGCUAUGGAAGGGGGUGCUAUCAAAUUGUUCGAUUCUCGUUCCUAUGACAAGGGGCCUUUCGAUACAUUUUUAGUUGGGGGAGACACUGCUGAGGUUUGCGAUAUCAAGUUCAGCAACGAUGGGAAGUCAAUGCUGUUGACAACAAGCAACAAUAACGUUUAUGUGCUUGAUGCAUAUGCAGGAGAAAAGCGCUGUGGAUUCAGCAUGGAACCAUCUCCAAACACAACCAUAGAGGCGACUUUCACCCCGGAUGGCCAGUAUGUAGUAUCAGGCUCGGGAGAUGGGACAUUGCGUGCUUGGAACAUCAACAAACCAAACGAGCCGGUGGCAUGCUGGAGCAGCCAUAUAGGUGUUCCGUCUUGCUUGAAAUGGGCUCCUCGACGGGUAAUGUUCGUCGCUGCAUCUUCCGUUCUUACGUUCUGGAUCCCCGAUACUACCAAACCAUCAUCGUUGGCAGAGGCACCAGCACCACCAGUCGAGGGCGGCAGUGGAGCCAUGCCCAACCAUCCUCCCCUGUGACCCUUUUCGUGUCUUGUUCUUCCCAGUUAAGAGGCUAAUCAGUAGUUUAAUCAAGGUCCUCGCUUUUGUAGAAUAUCAAGAGUUGUUGUAAUAGUUCGGUUUCAUCACCAACUAAACGAAAACAGAGGAAACAGAGUCGAACAGUAGAAAGGAGGAAAACAGAGCGAUUCAGAAAGAAAAGAAAAAAACUAAACCACCAAAUGUUGCUUGCUUACAUUCACAACCCAGAAAGAAAGGAAGAAAACGAGAAAAGACCUUAAAAAACUCAUCAAACUACACGCAAAAUAAACCCAACUCCGGAAU